GUGCUCAUCCAGUAGCCCAUCUUAGUACUACGAAACUCAGCUGCAGACCGAGUCAUCCAAAAGGAGACCGCACACUUCAUGCCGAAUUAACAAGACAUAUCAGCGAAACAUAUGGGAUGAUCGAUGAAACAGGUCAGUUUCUCACUGGUUAUCGUCUUUGUCGUACCUUUUAUGAGAAAGAGUAUGCAAUAUACAAUGCUACGAAAUCUCAUCAACAGAAUAUGGGAGAAGAUGGGGGUGAAGUGAUGGAUGUUGAUGAUGAAAAUACAGAAAAUCAGCGGCAACUGCAUUCAACAACGAACGAUUUAUCUAUGGCUGACUAUCAAAUCAAUGAAGAACUGGAAUCAUCGACACCUGAAUCUUUCACAGGAAGUGAGGAUAGUGAUGAUAGUGAACAUGGAUACCGACAACAACAAGCAAAGCAUAUCUUAAACAAAGUUUUUCAAGCAUUAAGCAUUACACCAAUUCUUGAUACACGGAAUACCGGUGCAUUAAAUCGGGAUGUUACAAGAGCGAUUCAAGGCAUUAGAAAAUUAGCCGAUGAACUAUGUCAUGUACCUAGUACCAAGACAUUAAAGUCCAACGUGACAUUACUCACAACAGAUGAAAAUGUAUCAUUAAUCGAUGGUCUGAAGCGUCUGUUUGAUUCCAGUGAUUAUGAUGAUCAAGUGCGCCUUCUCACAUUAUCUCCGCCUACCUGGGGUCGAGUACAAAUCGAAAACUUCUUUUUUUG